ACAGGGUCUUACCCUGUGGUCCUUAGGGAGUCAGUUAGUAGGUCAGUGUGUCCAGGUAGGUCCAAGUGGUGAGGAGUGGGACCCUUAUCGUGCACCUGACACCACCAUGGUAGACACCCGGCGCGACACCUCCACUAUGUCGUACACAAAGGAGGAGGAGGCGAAGAUGGCCGCCAUCCUGCAAGAGAGAAAAGAAAAGAGGGAGGCCAAGAAGAAAGCCCUGCAGGAGGAGCAGGCGGCCAAGCUGAAGAAGCUAGAGGAAGAAAUGGCCAGAGAAAAGGAGAGAAUCAAGAAAGAGGAAGAGGAGAAGUUGAAAGAGGUGGAAGAGGAAGAAAACGAGGGACCGCCACUGGAAAGAAGGAGAGGGCAGCACAGUGGCAGCAAGGGUGAAGAAAUGGAGAAACGGAUUUCAGAAUGGGUCGCUAAUUUGUCCUUGGGAGAGGAAGAAGAAGUGGCUAUGUAUAUCCCCAAGGAUGACCAGGAAGCCGCCCUGAAGAAAUGGGAAGCAGAAAAGGAUAUGUUGAAGCGACAGGCGAUGGAGGAUGAGCAGAGGAUGGAAUGGAAACUCGCGAUGAUGAGGGAAAAGAAGAGAAGGUUGGAGGCGGCGAGUGAGGCGGUCAAGGAGUUAGAAGAAGUGCAAAAAUUAAGUCUAAAGUUGACCCCUCAGGUAGACCUCGAACGAAAGGUAGAGAUCCUCGCCCAGAGUGUCGAGCAUCUAGCAAAGAUACAAGAACAGCAAUACGAGUUUAGCCGAAGUCAGGACAUAGCUAUGCGCUCGAUGCGAAUGGGAUUCCGGGACUUCGCCCGCGAACUGAUAGGAGCCGUAGGAGCCGAGGUGAAUCAUCGCCUCAAAAAGACUGAGCGUUUCUGUGUUGGCGCCAUUGAAGGUGUCAAAGUGGCAGCUCCCAAGGAGGAGGAAGCACGUCCUCCUCGCCGAGAGCCGGUCAAGGUCUCCCCGGAUCAGCAUGUUUUGAUUGCGAUCCAUGCGCUUAGAGAUGAGGCCGCCAAUUUUGCAAGGUCCCUAGUGCGCGCCGUUAACUGCAAUGGUGAUGCAGUUGCCUAUUCGGCAUCUACCUCCCUCACCGAGUUUAUGAAAUUGUUGCGCGAGCGAUUGGCAGAUGUCGCUCGUAGUGUCAAAGCCUCAGAUAGGCUCCAGACAAUCCACGCUCGUAAGUGGAAGAGUGCGAGGGCACUCAAGAGCACGAUGGACGAACUAAUCGCCGUUCCUGACCAUGGGGUCACAGACACCCAAUUGGUCGGCCUCUUCUACCGGGCUAUCCCCGAAGCCUUGCGAGGGCACUUCUUCGCGAAGAGCGAAGAUCCGACCACUACGUAUGAUUCCCUUAGUCGUGAAGUGGUGGCCUUUGAAGCCAAGUCAGCAUCUGUGUCUACCUUCUGGCACAAAGACUUGGAUAAGGGAAAGCAAUGGAAGGGCCACAAUAUCUCUGGGCAAGUGAAGACUAAGGAUAGCCUUGUCCUGACUUUAGACGAGGGUAGUGUGGAUGAGAUACCCUACGAUCAGAUUGAGUGGGGGUUAGAGGAGGAUGACAGCGGUGUGGGCCAGGGGAGGACUUACGCUGCUGUCGCGGCUGGAGGGAGGCCGCAAGGAGGAGGACGAGGCCAAGGCCAAGGGGGCCGGGCCUCAGGGAGCCGUUUCCAAGGCGAUCAGGGGGUUGGCGGUAGAGGAGGAAAUCGCCAAGCGGGAGGCAGGGGUCAAGGUCCCCCGCAAAACCGUCCUAGGAAUAGAUUGGUGAAGAAGGAGAAAUUAGAGGAACAGGUCUUUGUUGCCUAUGUUAGGCCAGUCACUGAGCCUAAGGAAGAGAAGCCCGUAGACCCUGCUAUUGCCAAAUUGCUGGAAGAGUUUAAGGAUUUGAUUGAGCCGCCGACAGGCACGGUGCCGCGGCCCAUCCAGCACCGUAUUGAGAUAGAGCCUGGCAGUAGAACUCCUAAGGGUGUUGUGUAUAGGAUGUCCCCACGAGAGUUAGAGGAGCUACGGAAGCAGCUGGACGAGCUCCUUGAAAAGGGUUGGAUUAGGCCGAGUUCGUCUCCUUUUGGAGCCCCUGUUCUCUUUGUCCCUAAGAAAGAGGGAGAGCCGAGGAUGUGUAUAGACUAUAGGGGUCUGAAUGCCAUUACCGUGAAGAAUGCUGAGCCACUGCCUAGGAUAGACGAUCUUUUAGAUCGAGUGCAGGGGGCGAAGUAUUUCUCCAAGAUAGAUUUGAAGUCCGGAUCUCAUCAGAUAGAGGUCCAUCCUGACGAUCAGUACAAGACGGCCUUCCGGACUAGAUAUGGGCACUACGAGUUCAUAGUGAUGCCCUUUGGACUAACCAAUGCGCCAGCUACGUUCCAGCGUUGUAUGAACGAUUUGUUUACGCCGUGGUUAGACAAAUUUGUUGUAGUUUAUCUAGAUGACAUUUUAGUGUUUAGUAGGACCCUCAAAGAGCAUCAGGGUCAUCUCAGGCAGGUCUUGGAGAAGCUGAGGGAAGCUAACUUCAAGAUCAAUGCAAAGAAGUGCGAUUGGGCAAAGACCCAAGUUCUGUAUCUAGGCCACGUCUUAGACGGAGACGGCGUUAAGCCAGAAGAUAGCAAGAUCGCAGCGAUUAGAGAUUGGCCCACGCCACGUACGCUGACAGAGUUGCGCUCGUUCCUGGGCCUAGCUAAUUACUAUAGGAAGUUCGUGAGGAACUUCUCCACCAUCGCUGCGCCCCUUCGCAGAUUGCUGAGAAAGGAGACCAUCUGGAAGUGGGAUAAGGACUGCACGUCUGCCAUGAAGAAGUUAAAGCAGGCAUUGAUAGAGUAUCCAGUCCUAAAAGUCGUCGACCCGUCCUUACCCUUUGUCGUCACGACCGGUGCGUGUCAAUACGGCAUAGGCGUAGUGUUGCAGCAAGACGAUGGCAAUGGRUAUAGACCCGUAGAGUUCAUGUCCGCCAGAAUGCCUUCAGAGAAGGUCGCAACAUCUACCUAUGAGAGGGAACUCUUCGCUCUCAGGCAAGCCUUAGACCACUGGAAGCACUACUUGCUUGGGAGGCACUUCAAAGUCUAUUCUGACCAUGAAACGUUACGAUGGUUAAAGACGCAGGCCAAGAUUACACCUAAGCUUACUAGGUGGGCUGCAAAAAUAGAUCAGUACGACUUUGAGCUCUUCUCAGACCCUUACCCAUUCCGGACCAACCGGGAGACUCAGUCCGUGAUGGACCAGAAGUCCGGGGAAACGGACGAGGCCUAUCAGGCCCCGAUGCUGCUUCUGAUUACCGAAGCUAAGCAACGGUCAGAUGCAGUAGCAGCCGCAGCAAAGAAGAAGGCAGAGGACACCGAGAAGGCACGUCUGCUGGCAAUUGAACAGCAGCGCCAGCACGACGAGGCAGCAUCAAAGGCUGCCGAUGAAGAACGAGUUCAAUGUCGCGAGAAGAUAUUCAACGGAGAGAAAGCUUUGCUCACAAUGGAUUGGCGGUCCGAGGCCGAGAAUGGCAAGAUGGAAGAGAGUGAAAACAAGAUCGCUCUACUCCUCUCCCAUCUCACGGACCUCCUGGCAACAUGCCUUACACAGCAAGAGGACAUCCACAGCCUCGACGACGGGCAGACUCAAUUACAGCAAACCACAACGCAACAGUUGGAGCAAUGGAUCUGUACUGCCGCCAACCACUCGAUCUCGGAACCGCGCGAGACAGCCCCAAGUUUCGAUCGGCAGGAGAUCUUCUGCGACUCGACGAAGACGGACCCGAUUUCAUGGUUCCGCAAGUUCGAACUCACGUUGCAGCUACACUACGUCAAAGAACACAAGCACCACGGAUACUCCCGGUCGGGGGGCGCGUGCCAAGCAUGGUUGGACAAUCUCUUGUCCAAGUGCGGAGUGGUGGCUGCCAACUUUCAUACCAAGAUCAGUUGGGAUGAUCUAAAGGCGGCGUGGCAUAAGCGGUUCCAAGUAGAGUCGUCGAAGAUCAAGGCAAUGGACAAGCUGAUGGUCUUCGAACAAGGCACGCUGCCGAGUGUUGAUUGGAUUGCCGAGUACCAACGCUUGACAUCCGCCCCAGACAUUCAAAUGGGCUUCAAAGCCAUCAAACACUACUUCAUCUCGAGGUCGUGUCCGACGUUGGGCAAUGCCUUGACUCACGUCGAGGACACCCUGACAACACCGGCAAAACUCUUCGACAAGGCCGCGCAGAUUAUUGUCACGAACAAGGAGGCCAAGAAUCUCCAGCGUUCGUCUGUGCCAUGCCUGAGCAAAGAUCAGCAUCGGCCGAAAGUGGCCGUGGUCGUGGCGGCAACGCCAAACGACCAAACUAGCGAGGUCGUGUCUACCACUGAAGGGGACAGACUCGCAGCCGCCCGGGAAGGUGGCCGCCCCGGCAAAGGCCGAGGAAGCGGCAAGACGAAGACAAACACCGCAUCUAGCCCCAGGCCCGGCUCAGCAGCUCCAACCCCAUGGUCCUAUUACGGUCUCUCCGAGCAAGCAUUCAAGGCACGCACGAGAUUCCGCUAUUGUCUGUGGUGUAACAACGAUCUCCACGACACAAUGGCUUGCCAGUCGAAAGGCAAGAGCAAAUCGGAAACUGAGCACCGCCGGGAGUGACUCGGCGACACUCUCGACGCCUUCAGAACCGGUCACUUCGCGGGUGACCGCCCUUCGUUCCGAGGCACAUGCGGAAGUCGAUAGUCCUCCUCUUCUUUAUUCUUUUAAGGACUAUGCUGCCCGACUC